AGGGUUAAGGAGACACCCCAGGGUGCCCCCCAUGAGGCAGGGAAGCUGCAGAGUCCUCUCAAUGGUUUUCCUUUUGGCAUAACUGGGUAGGUGUUCCCUGGACAUGUGUUUUCUUCCCAGGGUCCUGUGCUCUCUGGGUGUCUCAGCCCCCCAAGAUUCGGGCCCAGGAGGGCACCACCGCCCUUCUGCCCUGCUCCUUCAAUGCCAGCCAAGGGAAAAAGGCCAUUGGCUCUGUCACAUGGUACCUAGAUAAAGUAGCCCCGGGAAUGGAGGUGAGCAAUGUGACCCCAAAGUUCAGGGGUCGCGUGGCCGCUUUUGCUGCUGUUUCCCAGUUCAUCAGGGACCACAAGGCAGAGCUGCUCAUCCGGGACACCCAAAGCCAUGACAGCGGGAUGUAUGUGUGUAGGGUGGAGGUGCUAGGCACGGGCAUCGGCACAGGGAACGGGACUUGGCUGCUGGUGGAGAAAGAGCAUCCUCAGCAAGCCUCGGACACAGAGCAGGCAGCCCACACAAGUAUCCUCAUCCGUGCUGGACUCUACACACUCAGUUUUCUCUCUGUGGCCAUGGGCAGUACUGCCUAUUAUCAGAGCAAAUGCCCUUGUCACAUGGGGAAACAUGGCCACUCCUCUCACAGCGUCUGA